UUAAUAGUCAAACAAACAAAAAAAAACGGGGGAAUAUAAUUUGAUAAAAUGAAAAUGAUGAGAACAAACUCACACAAAAAGAAUGGAGAACAAUAACCAGGGGCUUAUGCUAAUGGUGUUUUUUUUCUUCUUUUGCUCCAUGCCCAAUUUCUCUACGCAGAAAACCUUUACUACUAUAGCUCCAAAUCAAUUUAUGCAAUACGGUGAUACUCUUGUUUCUGCAGCUGGAAUGUAUGAAGCAGGAUUUUUCAACUUUGGUGAUUCACAACGCCAAUACUUCGGUAUAUGGUACAAGAACAUAUCGCCAAGGACUAUUGUGUGGGUUGCCAAUAGAAAUACCCCGACACAAAACUCAACAGCAAUGUUGAAACUUAACGAUCAAGGAAGUCUUGUUAUCGUGGAUGGCUCCAAAGGCAUUAUCUGGUCCUCCAAUAUAUCAAGAAUUGUAGUGAAAUCAGUUGUUCAGCUUUUUGAUUCGGGAAAUCUUGUCCUGAAAGAUGCAAACUCUCAGAACUUUCUGUGGGAAAGUUUUGACUAUCCCGGUAACACUUUCCUUGCUGGAAUGAAGCUGAAAAGUAACUUAGUUACUGGUCCAUAUAGAUAUCUCACAUCUUGGAAAGACCCUCAAGAUCCUGCUGAGGGUGAGUGUUCAUAUAAGAUAGAUACACAUGGUUUUCCUCAACUGGUUACUGCAAAGGGAGCAAAGGUUCUGUAUAGAGGAGGGUCAUGGAAUGGAUUUCUUUUCACUGGUGUUUCUUGGCAAAGACUGCGUAGAGUCUUGAAUUUCUCAGUAGUAGUCACCGACAAAGAAUUCUCUUAUCAAUAUGAAACUUUAAACAGUUCAAUUAAUACUAGAUUGGUGCUAGAUCCAUAUGGAACUUCACAACGUUUUCAAUGGUCAGAUAGGACACAGAUUUGGGAGGCUAUAUAUGCUCUUCCUGCAGACCAGUGUGAUGCUUAUGACUUGUGUGGUAACAAUUCUAACUGCAAUGGUGAUAUCUUUCCAAUAUGUGAAUGCUUAGAAGGUUUCGUGCCAAAAUCUCAACCAGAGUGGGAGUCAUCAAAUUGGUCUGGUGGGUGCAUAAGGAAAACACGUUUAAAUUGUCUCCAUGGCGAUGGAUUUUUACCGUACACAAACAUGAAGUUGCCAGACACGUCAACAUCUUGGUAUGACAGGAGCUUGAGCCUUGAGGAAUGUAAGACAAUGUGUUUGAAAAACUGUUCUUGCACUGCAUAUGCAAAUUCAGAUAUCAGAGAUGGUGGGAGUGGCUGCUUACUUUGGUUUGACAACAUUGUCGACAUGAGAAAACAUCCAGACCAAGGACAAGACAUUUACAUACGGCUGGCAUCUUCAGAGCUUGAUCAUAAAAAGAAUAAGCGGAAAUUGAAGCUUGCUGGGACUCUUGCAGGAGUUGUUGCAUUCAUUAUAGGACUAACCGUUCUCGUAUUGAUCACAUCAGUAUAUAGAAAGAAGCUUGGUAAGCCGAGUGAAAAUGGGUAUAUAAAAAAGUUAUUUCUCUGGAAGCACAAGAAGGAGAAGGAAUAUUGUGAUUUGGCAACAAUAUUUGAUUUUUCAACCAUCACUAUUGCAACAAAUAAUUUCUCUGUCAAAAGCAAGUUGGGAGAAGGUGGUUUUGGAGCAGUGUACAAGGGUGUAAUGGUAGACGGCCAAGAGAUUGCUGUUAAAAGGCUUUCUAAAACAUCGGCACAAGGAACCGAGGAGUUCAAAAAUGAAGUAAACUUGAUGGCAACACUUCAACACCGUAAUCUUGUUAAACUUCUUGGUUGUUCUAUUCAACAAGAUGAAAAGUUGUUGAUCUAUGAAUUCAUGGCCAACAGAAGCUUGGAUUACUUUAUUUUUGAUACUAUGCGAAGCAAAUUGCUAAAUUGGAAUAAGCGCCUGGAAAUUAUUGAUGGAAUUGCUCGAGGGCUGUUGUAUCUUCAUCAAGAUUCUACACUAAGAAUCAUACAUAGAGAUAUGAAAACAAGCAAUAUUCUUCUUGAUAUUGAUAUGAUUCCAAAGAUAGCAGAUUUUGGUUUAGCCAGAUCAUUUAUGGGAGACGAAGCAGAGGCUAAUACAAAUAGAUUGAUCGGAUCAUAUGGAUAUAUGCCUCCAGAAUAUGCAGCGGAUGGAUCCUUCUCAAUAAAAUCUGAUGUUUAUAGUUUUGGAGUUGUUCUACUUGAGAUAAUUAGCGGUAGAAAGAAUCAUGGAUUUCGCGACCCACUACACCGUCUUAACCUUCUUGGUCAUGCAUGGAGACUAUGGAUUGAAGAAAGACCACUGGAGUUAAUAGCUGACGUAUUAUAUGAUGAUGACGCCAUAUGUACAGAAAUACUAAGAUUUAUUCAUGUGGGUCUAUUGUGUGUACAACAGAAACCAGAAAAUAGGCCUAACAUGUCAUCUGUGGUUUUUAUGUUAAAGGGUGAAAAGUUACUUCCGAAACCAAGUGAACCCGGGUUCUACGCAGCAAGCGAUAAUAAAAAUAGCAUAGAAUCUUCAUCUAAAGAGUGUUCAAUAAUUGAAGCUUCAAUCUCAUUAUUAGAGGCCCGAUAGAAUGCCACUGUGUGUGAUACUAAAUUCUUGUUUUGACAAAUAUAGAUACAGAUAGAUCAUAGAACACUAAUGUGUUGUACAUGUGUAAUUUUAUGUUACUGAUUCUUGAUAAAUUCCUGUUGUUAAAGUGUAUUUCAAAAACUUAUUUAAAUUACUAUGCCAUUUUCUAUCUGGUAUUGUAAAUCAAUUAUUGUUGAAAUGUAACAGAAUUAUAGGAUACUUGAGGUCCAUUUGUAGAAUCGUUCGGAAUCUGAAAUUUCAUAUUUUUAUCUUUUGGAA